AUGGAUAUACUAGAUAAUACAUUUAAAAACUCAGCAGAAAGACUAGAUAAACCAUCAGCUUAUCUAAUACGAAAAGCUCGUAAUAAUUAUGGAGAACUCGAGCGAGCUAUUACAUCACGUACAGUUUAUGUUGGAAAUCUAUCUCAUUUCACAACAGAAGAACAAAUUCAUGAAUUAUUUAUGAAAUGUGGACCAAUUGAAAAAAUUAUAAUGGGAUUGGAUAGAAAUAAAUUAACUCCUUGUGGAUUUUGUUUUGUAAUUUUCAAAACUGAAGAAGGUUCUUUAAAUGCAAUGAAAUAUUUACAAUCAACGGUUUUGGAUGGUCAUAAUAUAUCGAUAGAUCUAGAUCCAGGUUUCAGAGAAGGAAGACAAUUUGGAAGAGGUAAACAUGGUGGACAAGCUGCUCAAGAAGCUGCGGCUGCACAAGCUAAUGGACAAGUUUAUGAUCGAGGUUUUAGAGGUGGAAGAGGAAGAGGCAAUGGAUUUAGAGGUGGUAGAGGUAAUUUUAGAGGUGGAAGAGGCAGAGGUAGAGGUGGAUCAAAUAAUGGAAGUUUUAGAGGUGAAAGUUCAAGUGUUUAUAUACCUUCAAAAGAUCCUACUUUUGAUGCACCUACUACUUUUAAUCCAAUGGCUGAUAUGAGCCAACAAUAA